AGGCUGCCACUGAUCACUGACGGGAAACGAAAAUAAAAGGAAACAGCUGCACAACUUGCUCUAGUAUCUUCUACCUCCGCCUUCUGGUACGAAGGCGAGGUGGACCCGCCCCUUCUAGUAGGCUGGCCAGGCUUCGAUAAGCAGUGCGCGUUACUAAGUUCCAUGGAGUUUGUAAGCGCUAUAAUUAUUUCCCAAUUAAUCUCCCCCACUGUAAAAUGAUGAAUCCCGUUUUCUUCGCUGGUAUGCAUUUACUCAAAUUGCUAAUAAUGUACCAUUAAUCCGCAUACCAGUAGAGCAAGAUGGCGGCCGCCUUGGACGCGGAGAAACUGCUUGUUCAAUGUGAAGCAAUAGAAUUAGAGGCUCCAGGGGGCGUUGCUACUCCAGAAGUGUACUCAAAACUACUUGCUCUGUAUCUCUUGAACAAUGACAUGAACAAUGCCAAAUUCCUUUGGAAGAGAAUCCCCCAGCCCAUCAAGACGGCCAACCCCGAGGUGGGGCUGAUCUGGGCGGUUGGCCAGAGCAUGUGGCAGCGAAACUUCCCAGCGACCUACACCUCCCUGGGCAGGGAGUGGUCGGAGGCAGUCAAGCCUAUCAUGGAGGCUAUCACAGAGAAUAUCAGGCAGAGAAUGUUCCACCUGAUAAGCCAAGGCUACACGUCGAUAGAAGCAGAUGAGUUUGCAGCAUAUGUCGGCCUGCCCGUAGACCAGGCUAUUGCAGCUGUGAAGUCAGAGGGUUGGCAGUACAAUGCCGAAAACAAGAUGAUUUCACCCCAAAAGCCAGUUGCUCAGAUGGACCAGGCAAUUCCCAGCGAGCAGCACAUAGCACAGCUCACCGACUUCGUAUCAUUUCUUGAGAAUUAGCUUUUUGUAUAUAUUUGUACCAAUUGUAAAUACGUGUGUUAAUGUGUUCGUGUUUCUGCCGUCUGUUGGCCCUGACAUUUGUUUUUCUGCAGUCCACUGUCCUGCAUUGAAUUGGCAAGGGCGGAGCUGUCUACAUUGACUGAAAAACUUCAGUAAAAAAAAAAAUGUCGUGGGGGAUUGCAAAUGUGUCCGUGGCUUGCCUCCAGUUGUCACCACCAGCAGAAAUACGCAACUUUCGUGACAUACACGUGUGUAUGCUGAAAGAUCCAAGUCUCAAAGACCAUUCUUAUUGUGUCCGAAACUGUCUAAUGAAGCAUUGGCAAAUGUAACAUUGGUCAACCUUUUUUGUGGCCCAUGAGAACUCAACUCCUUACCCUUUCAACAUACUUGCAGCUAGAUAUCAGACUAAAAUAUAGGGAAGCUUAAAACAAAUACCACAAAGUUUAUUUUGGAGAGGAGUUGCAAUGUUACUGGUCCCUCGCUGUCAUUUAUUGUUGAGCCUCUUCACAUUCGUGUCAAGGGAUGGUCAAACUUCACUAACUGUAACAUCUGAUAUCAAACUAGUCAUUUCACAUUACUUCCCCGCAUGCCAUGUUUUGUGUAAUGAAGCAGGCUCCUCAGUACUUGAGGCUGUUCAUUCUGUUUUUUAAAAUUUUAUUUGCUUUGAAUGUUUUUUGUAAAUUGAAAAUUGGAAGAUUGUUCAUCUGUACACAAACCCUUUGUACAUGUAUAUUCCUGAUAUGUUGUUGUUUCAUGUAGGCUGUCCAUUUUAAUGGCCAGGAGAACUUGGCUGAAACAGACCUGCAUGACCACAAUGUGGCAAGUAGAAAAAGAGUUGCGUACAUGUAAAACCCUCUAUUGGUGUACCCAAAAUAACAUAAUCAUGGUAUACUUUGCACCCCAGUGGAAUAAAAUCAGCCGGUCGUCUUGACAAUUUUACAGAA